UACUUCCUGCUUGCCCGCAUAUAUAUAUAUAUAUAUUGCAUUGAUAGUGUAAAUAUUCCCAGUAAUUUUCUCAUCCAUCGUAUUACCAAACAUAUCUAUUUGAAAGAUGGGUUCGAAGAUGGCAAUAGUGAUCGUAGCCUUGUUCGCCGUGCUCCUUUUCAUCUCCCAAGAGGUGGCAUGCAGGGAUUUCAAAGAGGGUGAGGUUGUCAAAGAGACUAAUGAGGAGAGUGAUGCCAGAUUAGCCGGUAGUGGUGGUGGUGACCUUGAUUAUUGUCCGGGUUACGACACCAUUAGAAAGUGGAUAGGACGUUGCCGUUGUGGCUGUUGUCAGUGGACCACAGAGCCGGAAGUUUGCAUAGAUUGCUGUACAGUAAUGCACCACAAUUGAGACAAUGUAUACAGUUCUACGUACUAAAUAAUAUAUUUCAUGAAUAAAAUCUGGUGUUGUAUGUGAGAGGCAUGCAUAGACAGCAAGGCCUGUCUUUCUUACCACUAGAGAUAUAUUUCAAAAACAGAAAUAAUGUUGAAUAAUACGAUUGUGCCGGUGUGACAAGUUUAAGACCAAACUCAAAUAUAUACUGUAAUAGUUUGUCAUGCUCGUGACUUACUUAUAUGUUAGUAUAUGUCAUCAUCUUUUUUUUAUCAUUCAUUCUAUUAUAUAUAUAGAGAGAGAUGAUCCACGAUCCUUACAAA